GCCCUCUCAUGCUCAAUGACGCGAAGGAACGUGUUGCUCAUAUUUCCGGUGAGAGGAUUCUGUUGUUGGAUGUAUCGUUCUGUCCAGAUUCGGGAUGGUACUCAUUAAAGAAUAUCAAGUGCUGUUACCAUGUUCUGUAGAAGAGUACCAGGUUGGCCAGCUGUUCUCGGUGGCAGAAGCCAGUAAGAACAACACAGGAGGUGGGGAGGGAAUAGAGGUGCUUCGCAAUGAGCCUUAUGAGAAGGAGGGCGAGAAGGGCCAGUACACCCACAAAAUCUACCACAUACACAGUAAGGUGCCCAGUUUCAUCCAGAUGUUUGCACCAGAAGGAGCGCUGGUCUUCCACGAGAAGGCUUGGAAUGCAUAUCCAUAUUGCCGCACGAUUGUGACGAAUGAGUACAUGAAGGAUGACUUUUUCAUUAAGAUUGAAACUUGGCACAAGCCGGACAUUGGAACAACUAACAAUCCCCAUGGUUUACCUCCUGAAGAGUGGGAGGAAGCAGAGGUGGUGCCCAUAGAUAUUGCUGAUCGAUCGCAAGUUGAUGAUGUUGACUACAAGCCAGAGGAAGACCCGGCUAUCUUUCACUCCGAAAAGACGGGGAGGGGACCCUUGGGACCCGGCUGGAAGAAGGAGCUCUACAGCGGUAACUGUCCCUACAUGACGGCCUAUAAGCUGGUAACGGUUCAUUUCCGCUGGUGGGGCCUUCAAGGAAGGGUGGAGAAAUUCAUUCACAAGCAGGAGAAGAGGCUCUUCACCAACUUCCACAGGCAGCUGUUCUGCUGGCUGGACCGCUGGGUGGACCUCACUAUGGAGGACAUCCGGAGAAUGGAGGAGGAGACGCAGAAAGAGCUGGACCAGAUGCGGAAUCAGGGAUCUGUUCGAGGGAUGAAAGCAGGAGAAGACUAGAUGUUGAGGGGAAAUGGGACUGUUUGAUCAACCAUUAUUUACCUCCCCAAGUCCCGCAUACUGCCCUUACUCCUGCAGCCAAUCAGAACGUGCCACAUCACCAAGCCCUCCAAAACAGGCAGUUGUCAGGAAAUGACCAUGUUUUUGUGUGACUGUGUCUGUUUGUGUUUUUGUCUGUUUGUUAAAACAUGUUGAACUCAAAAUACAUUAAGUAAUUCCAACUUUAUCUUUUUAUAAUUAUCCCUUUUUGUUAUUUUAUCAAUUAUGACUGUACUUUAGUGCACAAGUAACUCUAAACCCAGUCUAAGGGUAAAAGAGAAAGACAUGGUGCAUCUGAAAGCAGAUUUCUUUUGUUCAGUGUAAUUUACUGCUACUAAAAUACUUGCUCCAUAUUUUAAAAAAUAAUUAUGGUAUUUCAAAAUUUUGUUUGGUGGUUUAAGGUUAAUGCAGUUAAGUAAAAAAAAACGCAUUUUAAAAUGAAAUGGACAUUUUGUAAUCUUCAGGAACAUGAACUGCGGAUGGAAGUGGUAUUGCCUCCUGCACCAUUUGGUUGCAGAAUAUUUAAUAUCACUCAGCAUUACUAAUGUCAUGGAAAUGCAUUUAUAAAUUUAACCUGGGGAAAACUGAGUGGGACGGUCAGAGAAUUAUCAAAGACGGUGUGCAAGUUAGAUUUACAAUAAUAAACAUUGACUAUACUCAAAUCUGAA